GAGAGAGAGAGAGAAAGCAGGCUAUUAAACAGGCCGGCACACUAACCUGCACUCAGACUGCAGUCUCCAGUGUGUGUAUAUGUGUGUGUGUGUGUGUGUGUGUGUAUGAGAGUGCGUGUAUAUGAAAGAAAAAGAUUUUAAGCUGUGGGACCGGUCCUCAGCCCUCAGACGGAGCAGUGAAGAAAAAAACCUGCCUGAGUAGUGAAUACUUACUGGGCGAAGUGGAGAAGAGUGAGCAGGAAGGGAAGGAGUCUGGAUGGACAAACUCUGCACUGACAGUGGCCUGGACCCACUCUGGGACUGGAACGUGACGUGGUACACAUUAAACCCGGACCUGACGCAGUGUUUUCAGCACACGGUUCUCGUCUGGUUCCCCUGUUUCUAUCUGUGGGUUUGCAGUCCAUUUUACCUCCUCUACCUCCGAUGCUUCCAUCAUGGCUUCAUCUCGUUCUCCAGACUCUGCUGCGCCAAAACAAUUCUGGGUGUGUGCUUGGUGUUAUUCAGUAUUUUGGAGCUGCUCUAUCUGCUGUUUGAGAGGAGAACAGAGAUCGAGCACCACAUGGUUUUCCUCCUGAGCCACAUCAUUCGCAGCCUCACCAUGGUCUUGGCAGUGUGUAUUAUCCACCUGGAGAGAAUAAUGGGCUGCCGUUCCUCUCUUUUUCUUUUUCUCUAUUGGACGCUGACAGUGAUCUGUUCAAUCGUUCCUCUCAGAGCAAACAUCCAGACCACGGUGGGAGAGGAUUUCUCACAAGGUGCGUUGCGAUUGGUGGUGUUUUUCUCCUGCUUUUCUCUUGAGCUCGCUCAGCUCAUCCUCAGCUGUUUCGCUGAUCAGCGACCACAUGCUCUGAAACCAGGCCAUGUGACGAACCCAUGUCCAGUUGAAGAUGCUUCUUUUCUCUCUAAAACGCUGUUCUGGUGGUUCAGUGGGCUGGUUGUGAGGGGCUAUCGCUCACCUUUAACAGCUGAAGAUCUCUGGCCUCUACGUGAAGAGGACACGUCUGAAAAAAUCAUCAGUGAUCUGGAGAGAGAGUGGAACACACAGUGCGCUGAAUUACAGCAGGAGCGGAGUGUAACUGCAUCUCGAACCCUGAGCUGCAGGAUCACGGAGCAGACGCAGCUCCUGCAGAAACUGCGUCAGGAGCAGAGCGCCGGUUUCCUCCUGCUGCGCACGCUGGCCAAAACGUUCGGCCCAUACUUCCUGUCAGGAACCCUCUGCCUCCUCAUCCACGACGCCUUCAUGUUCUCCAUCCCUCAGCUGCUCAGCCUGCUGCUGGACGUGGUGAGAGAUAAGGACGCCCCCUUGUGGAAGGGUUAUUUAUUCGCCUUCUCCAUGUUCCUGCUCUCGUGCCUGCAGUCGCUCUUUAAUCAUCAGUACAUGUACAGCUGCUUCACGGUGGGCAUGAGGGUCAAAACCGCCAUCAUGGGUCUCGUCUAUAGGAAGUCUCUGGUGAUCAGCAGUGCUGUGCGCAGGACGUGUACAGUGGGAGAGAUAGUGAACUUGGUAUCCACUGACACUCAGAAACUCAUGGACUUUGUAGUGUACUUCAACGCUGUUUGGCUGGCGCCCAUUGAAAUUGGCCUGUGCCUUUUCUUCCUUUGGCAGCGUUUGGGCCCUUCGGCUUUAGCUGGUAUCACCACAGUGAUCUUUAUCUUCCCUCUGAAUGGCCUCAUCGCCAAAAUGCGCAGCAAACUGCAGGAGGUCCAGAUGAAGCACAUGGAUGGACGUAUAAAGCUGAUGAACGAGAUUCUGAAUGGAAUAAAGAUCCUGAAGUUUUACGCCUGGGAGAAAGCAUUCGAGGAGCGAGUGCUGAGUUUCAGGGAGAAGGAACUGAAGGCACUGAAGAAAUCACAAAUCCUUUAUUCCAUCUCCAUCGCUUCCUUCAACUCCUCCACUUUCCUGAUUGCGUUCGCCAUGUUUGGAUUCUACGUGCUGAUCGAUGAGAAAAACGUUCUGGAUGCUCAGAAGGUCUUCGUCUCUCUGGCACUCAUCAAUAUCCUAAAGACGCCACUGAGUCAACUGCCCUUUGCCAUGAGCACCACCAUGCAGGCCGUUGUCUCUCUCAAACGUCUCGGAAAGUUUCUGUGUCAGGACGAGCUGAAUGCGGACGCUGUGUUCAGAGCUCCAUACACCCCGGAGGGCGAUAGCAUUGUGAUAGAGGACGGCAGUUUCAGCUGGAGCAGAGACGGAGCGCUGUGUUUAAAGAGAGUGAGUGUGAAAGUGCCGCACGGUUCGUUGGUGGCAGUGGUGGGUCACGUCGGCAGCGGAAAAUCCUCCCUUCUUUCUGCCGUACUGGGGGAGAUGGAGAAAAAGAGCGGAAAUGUCACAGUGAAGGGUUCGGUGGCGUACGUGCCCCAGCAGGCGUGGAUCCAGAACGCCACGCUGAGGGAGAACAUCGUGUUCGGGCAGCAGAUGAAGGAAAGCAGCUAUCAGAGAGUGCUGGAGGCCUGCGCUCUCCUCCCAGACCUGGAGAUCCUGCCUGGAGGAGACGACACCGAGAUCGGAGAGAAGGGUUUGAAUCUCUCCGGUGGGCAGAAACAGAGAGUGAGUUUAGCACGAGCUGUGUACAGAAAUGCUGAUGUUUACCUGCUGGACGACCCGCUGUCCGCCGUCGACACACACGUGGGUCAGCACAUCUUCGACAAAGUCAUCGGGCCUAAGGGGAUACUCAAAAAUAAGACGCGUGUGCUGGUGACCCACGGGCUCGGCUUCCUGCCUCAGGCCGACCUCAUCCUGGUGAUGGAAGAUGGACAGAUCAUGGAGGCGGGCUCAUAUACAGAGCUGCUUGAGAGAAGGAACUCAUUCGGUGACUUCCUUCAAAUCUUCUCCAAUACUGAACACAGGGAAAAUUCCACUAACAGGGGUCCGAGGAAAUCAGUGUCGCGUCUGAGCAUGACGGAUUUCUCUAUAGACCUCUUACAGGAGCAGCUCAUCAGUGGAGAUAUGAGCAGUGUCGGUAUUCAGACCAUGGAGGCUUUAACAGACUUAGAACAGGAGCAGGAUACAGAGGAGCUGGGAAAAUUAACAGAGGCUGAUAAAGCCCAUACUGGAAGGGUGAAGCUGGAGAUGUACAUGGUGUAUUUCAGGACCAUCGGCCUGGCCUUCAUCAUCCCCAUCAUCUUCCUCUACGCCUUUCAGCAGGCCGCGUCACUCGGAUAUAAUUACUGGCUGCAGCUUUGGGCUGAUGAUCCCGUAAUUAAAGGCUCUCAGAACAAAGCGGACGUAAAGCUGGCCGUGUUCGGGGCUCUCGGCUUCGCUCAGGGGAUCGCCAUCUUCGCCACCACCAUAGCCAUCUCGUUAGGAGGCAUCAUCGCUUCUCACCAUCUUCACCUGGACCUUCUGCGUAACGUCCUGCGCUCGCCCAUGUCGUUCUUCGAGAGCACGCUGAGUGGAAACCUGCUCAACCGCUUCUCCAAGGAGGUCGACGCCAUCGACUGCAUGAUCCCCGACGCCUUUAAGAUGAUGCUGGGAUACGUGUUCAAACUGCUGGAGGUCUGCAUCAUCGUGCUCAUGGCCACGCCCUUCGCCGGAGUCGUCAUUCUUCCUCUCGCUCUGUUCUACGUCUUCAUCCAGAGCUUCUACGUGGCUACAUCCUGCCAGCUGCGGCGUCUGGAGUCGGUGAGCCGCUCGCCCAUCUACACACACUUCAACGAGACGGUGCAGGGAGCGAGCGUGAUCAGGGCGUUUGCGGAACAGCAGAGGUUUAUCCUGCAGGCUAACAGCAGAGUGGAUCACAACCAAACCUCUUACUUCCCCAGAUUCGUCGCCACCAGAUGGCUUGCUGUCAAUCUAGAGUUUCUGGGGAACCUGUUGGUCCUCGCAGCUGCGAUCCUGUCUGUGAUGGGAAGAGAAUCUCUGAGUCCCGGGAUCGUCGGCUUGGCCGUGUCACACUCUCUUCAGGUGACGGGCAUUCUGAGCUGGAUCGUACGUGCAUGGACAGAUGUGGAAAACAACAUUGUGUCUGUAGAGAGAGUGAAAGAGUACGCAGACACGCCAAAAGAGGCAGCUUGGUCGAUGGAGAACAUGUCCCUGCCCUCUCACUGGCCACAAACAGGCAGCAUCCAGUUUCAGCAGUACGGACUGCAGUACAGAAAAGGUCUCGACUGGGCUUUAAAGGACAUCACACUCAGCAUCCAGGAGAGAGAAAAGAUUGGGAUCGUGGGGCGGACCGGGGCAGGAAAGUCAUCUCUCGCACUCGGAAUCUUCCGGAUCCUCGAGGCGGCAAAGGGAGAGAUCUACAUAGACGGAGUGAACAUCGCUGAGAUUGGACUGCAUGACCUCCGAUCUCGCAUCACCAUCAUUCCGCAGGACCCGGUUCUGUUCUCCGGAUCUCUGCGCAUGAACCUGGACCCGUUCGAUGGUUACUCUGAUGAGGAGGUGUGGAAAGCUUUGGAACUCGCUCAUCUCAAGAGCUUCGUGUCGGGCCUUCAGGAGAAACUGAACCACGAGUGUUCUGAGGGAGGAGAGAACCUCAGUCUGGGUCAGAGGCAGCUGGUGUGUUUGGCUCGAGCUCUCCUCAGGAAGACGAAGAUUUUGGUUCUGGAUGAAGCCACAGCGGCCGUGGACAUGGAGACGGACAAACUGAUCCAGUCCACCAUCCGCACACAGUUCGAGGAGUGUACAGUGCUGACCAUCGCUCACCGCCUCAACACCAUCAUGGAUUACACACGGGUUCUAGUGAUGGAGCGCGGUUCUAUCAUAGAAAUGGACUCGCCCUCUAACCUGCUCUCACAGAGAGGCCUCUUCUACGAGAUGUGCCAGGAGGCGGGGCUAGUGUGACUUCUUCAUCAUCAUCAUCAUCAUCAGUGUAGCUUGUGCAGAAACGAGCAGCGUGAUCAGCUCCUGAAGGAAGAAGAUCUGCAGGACAGAACCUUCUGGAACUUUUUUUUUUUUUUUACACUUUUAUACAUGCACAUGAUGAAGGUCUUCAUGAACAGUGUUACUCAGAGAAGAACUGUUACUAAUGUGUUCAUCUCUCUCUCUCUCUCUCUCCCCCUCCCUCUCAUCCACUCAUCCCCUCACUCAUUCUGUAUAUCUGUUCAUCCUCUUCAUCCCUCCUCCUCCUCCUCCUCUGAAGGAACAGGAAGUUAAUCACAUACAGAGUGAUGUAAAACCUCUGCAAGUCAGUGCUGAGUGUUUUGUACUGUAUUAUAUUUGUAUUUUUAUAUAUAUUUAUAGGAAAAUGUUAAAAUUUAUAUAUAAAGUCUUCUGUAUGGUCAUAAAUAAAGAUUAAAUAAAAAAAAAAAACAAGAAUUUUAUUUGAAUAUCAGCUUCAUGGAGUCUUUCUCUUACCUCAAUACAAACCAGUUUGCUUUACACACACAACUAUCAUCAUAUAGCUUUAUAUAUUAUUAAUACCACAGCAGGAUCACACUGCUUCAUCACACCAAGCCAUCGUUGAUUAUUUUC